AUGUGGGUUAAGUCGGUUACUACACGUGACUUUGAAGUGUGUGCUCGUGAGUCAGGCAUUGGAUCAAAUGGUACAGGAAUCGUCAACUGGUUGGCUUUCCAAGAUCAUCCACAAAUGACGCGUGGUAGUGUUUAUUUUAAUGGAAUAUGGACAACAGAAACUAAGUGUGACAAAGUUACCUUCUCGAAGAGUUUUCUUGGAGGACCAUCCAUGUUUGUGUCAGCUAGGUACACACGUGACACAAAGCCAAAGGACGCUAUGUAUGUUUGGUUGGAAAAUGUAAAUUCCAGAAGUUUCGAGGUGUGCAUCCGGGAGUUCCUGCCCUUCGAUGGAAAACAUCGAGACACCAUUGUGGACUGGUUUGCAUUUGUUGGCAAUGGCUCUGAAUUUAAUUUUACGCUGUCAGGAGAAGCAGAUUUUCCAAAUAGUAACCCGCCAACGGCUGAAGACAAUUAUGGUUUUUGUCAAGAGGUGCAGUUCAACACAACCUUUUAUGCCUCACCUGUUGUCCUUGUGUCUGUGCAUCAUUUGUACAACCAUCAAGUCAGCAUGAAAAGCCUUGUCUUACCCAAAAAUAACAUCAUAUCAGCCUGGAUUGAGGAAGUUAGCCUCACAUCCAUGAGGAUUUGUGUCAAAGACUUGAGUGGAACAGGAAGCAAACACGACCAUCUGUCUGUUAGCUACGUCGUUAUUGGAGACCUCAAUCCCUGUCUAAAUGUGUUCUGCCCAUCAUUCGGAGUCUGCAAAACCUACAGUGCCCAUGAAGCUCGCUGUGUGUGUAACGACAACUGCCCGUCGUAUCAAGAUCCAGUCUGCACGGAAAAUGGAACGACAUAUGACAAUGAAUGCCUGUACAAAUUGAGCUUCUGCAAGGGACUGGACAAUAAUACCUUGUAUCAUCCUGGCAGCUGUGAGGGCUUUCCAAUCAUUCAUGGUCGGGUUAAGCUCUUUCGAGUUCCCAAAUGGUCAGACUCAAGCUGCAAAAUAGUGGUAUUCCCACCAUACCGCUUCUAUCCGAACAAAGAAGUUCAAGUACAGAUCACCCUUAAUCACAUGAACCUGAAUGACUCCCACACGGUGCAUCAUGCUAUCACAUUUUGGACAGAAAAAGUCAACAAUCAAAAUUUUACAGUCUGUGCAAUGCAGUCUGGGAGGAAUGGAAACAACUUCAANCCUUUCGCCACCAUUGAUUGGAUGGCGUACCAAGGAGCACCCCCCGAGGGAAUGACGGGAAGAAUCAAGAUGACAAAAUGGUGGUCAGUAACGAAUUGUGCAGAUGUGACGUUUCAAAAGGACAAGUUUAAGGAUACACCAGUUGUUCUUGUGACAUCUGAUCACCAAAGAAGUGGAAAGAAACACGACGCUGCGUUGAUCUGGACAGAAGAUGUGACAACGGACUCGUUCAAGGCUUGUUUGCGGGAACUGCAAAACUUUGACGGCAAACAUCAAGACAUUUAUGUGGUAUGUGAUAUGCUUUCUCUUUGCUUUAAAAUCAAUGAAGCUCUGAGAUUGAGGAUAUUUUCUUCAGUCUCACCAGGAUCAACAGAGGGCGGCUUUACUUGGGUUGAUCGUGGACAUGGAAACUUUACAGCAUGGGCCGAGAAUCAGCCAAAUAACUUCAAAGAAGAAGAUUGUGUGCACGCACUUGGUGUGAAAUACAGCUAUGAAUGGAACGACGUGCAGUGUAGUGAUUGUCAUCAAUUUACUUGUAAGAAAGGCACUAAAAAAGCUGGGUAUCUUGCUUAA